GCAGCGCCUCCGCUUAAAACCUUUUUCCCGCAAACCUUGGUCUGCAGACUAAAAAAUCUACAGGGUUUUGACCAAGUGAGGUUUUCACGGUGACCGCCGACUGCCAUGUACCGGACAGCAGCUUCGCGUCUCCAGGGUCAGUGCGGAUCGUACAUCCAGCAGGAUACCAGCAAGGUUUGCAAGUUCAACAGCUGUUGCUACAAAAUCAUCUGGUCUCUUUAGUUGGCUGCUUGGGGAUGGGCCCAAGUCUAUGCCUCCUCUAGAUUUUCCCCUUCCAGAUGUUGCUCUCCCACCAUCACUGCCAGAUUAUGUUGAGCCUGGUAAAACUAAGAUCACUACUCUACCAAAUGGUGUCAAAAUUGCCUCAGAAACAUCAUCAAAUCCUGCAGCUUCGAUAGGGUUAUAUGUUAAUUGUGGUUCAAUCUAUGAGGCACCAAUUUCAUUUGGGACCACACAUCUACUUGAGUGUAUGGCUUUCAAAAUCACAAUAAACCAUAGCCAUUUGUGGGUAGUGAGGGAAGUGGAGGCAAUUGGUGGCAAUGUGCAAGCCUCGGCUUCUAGGGAGCAGAUGGCUUACACCUUUGAUGCUCUUAAGACUUAUGCUCCGCAAAUGGUAGAACUACUUAUUGACUGUGUGAGAAACCCUGCUUUCUUGGAUUGGGAGGUCAAUGAACAGCUUGCUUUUGGAGGCAAUUCACUCUGCUGGUUAUACGGGGGCCUUAGCAAAUCCUCUUCUAGCUCCAGAAUCUGCUAUAAAUGGAUUGAAUGGUACAAUUAUCAAGGAAUUUGUUGCUGAAAAUUAUACUGCCCCUUGCCUGGUACUGGCAGCAUCUGGGGUUGACCAUGAGGAAUUGUUAUCAGUUGCAGAACCACUUCUGUCAGAUCUUCCUAAAAUUCCUCAACCUCUGGAGCCACAGUGUGUGUAUGUUGGAGGUGAUUACCGCUGUCAAGCUGAUUCAGGGGAUACAACUCAUUUUGCUAUUGCAUUUGAACUUCCUGGUGGUUGGCACAAGGAGAAGGAAGCUAUGGCUUUGACUGUCCUCCAGAUGCUAUUGGGGGGAGGUGGAUCAUUUUCAGCUGGUGGUCCUGGAAAAGGAAUGCACACAAGGCUGUAUCUCUGUGUCUUGAAUGAGUAUCCCCAAGUUCAGUCAUUUUCAGCAUUCAGCAACAUCUACAAUCAUAGUGGGAUUUUUGGCAUUCAGGCUACUACAAGUCCAGAUUUUAUACCAACGGCUUUUGAUGUAGCAGCCAAGGAGCUUAUUGCCGUUGCAAAACCAGGAGAAGUCAACCAGAUACAACUAGAUCGUGCUAAACAAUCAACAAAAUCUGCAAUCUUGAUGAGCUUGGAAUCCAGAAUGGUUGCCUCAGAGGAUAUUGGUAGACAAGUUUUGACAUAUGGGGAAAGGAAACCUGUGGAACAUUUCUUGAAGGCCGUUGAAGAAGUCACACUAAAAGAUAUUUCUACAACAGCCCAAAAGUCAUCCCCUUUCACAAUGGCAUCAUAUGGAAACGUUAUUAAUGUCCCAAGUAACGAUUCAGUUAGCAGCAAGUUCAAAUUCAAGUAAACGGGAUUGCUUUCCUGUAUCAAAGUGGGCAGUUGUCUGAACUGUUGUUUGUAAUUUUGUGCAUCUGCAAUUCCUUGGAGCAAUUUCACAGCAAGAUGAAGUCGUUGAAGGUGAAUCUAGCGUUGGUUUAUUUAACAAUAAAUAGUGUAUCCCAAGCAAGCAGCACGAGUUGAACUGGUUUGUUAUAGGGAUGUACUCCUGGACUAUUCUAUAUUCUUUGUACUCCAAUUUUACCAAUUCCGGAUAAUAAUGGUGUUCCCCUAAUUUGGUGAAAGAAACAAAAGUAAAAUUAGAUAAACCGAACUUCAUCAGUAGUGUCAUACCCAAAGUCUCUACUGCAGCAUCUCUUCUACUUCUUGAACAUAUCAAAGUUGGUCGGCAGCUACUCUUCUGCAGGGCAUAGAAGUGUUUUUUAAUUAUUAGUUUCAGAGCUGUUUUGCGUUGCCGUUGAUGAGUCCUUGAGGUUUUUUUUUUCUUAAAGUUUUUUGAGUUUUUGCUGUUAUAGUUAGAAUUGUUAUGAACUGCGAAAUAAAGAUCAUUUGAUUGG